GAAUUGAAAGCUAGCUGAAGUUAUGGGCGGUUCGCCCUUUUUCAGAUCCGAUUAAGUGCUACCGGUGAGAGCUACGGAAAGUGUCUGCUAGCUGUCAGGUAGCUGAAAGCGGUGGCACCGGAUGAGAAUGUACCGUUUCAUUUGAAACGGGCUGGUGGAUAAAUAGCUUUGUGUUUUUUUGUUGUUUUGUUUGUUCAAAUAUAGAAGCUUGAUCCACGAGAAAAAUCCAGGGCAAACAAAGGGAGAAGUAAACGGAAAAACUGAAAUGUCAGGUGACGUCCACCGUUGAAAUGUGUGUUGACUGUGACGCAUAGUUAGCUCGUUAACUAGCCCUGCGACGGACUGGUGUGCCUGGCCAGCUUCAACUUCCUUAGCUUUAACGUACCUAGCUUUUUUUUAAACAACACAGAAAGACAUGUCACCGGGCGACAACCCUCACGUUUUACUAGGAAGGAUUCGGUUUCUGAACAAAUGCAUAGAUUGUUUCAGGAAGAGCGAAGCUGUGCCCGAGUGUCUAUGUUUCGUCCCAAAAGAGGUAUGUUAUAAAAUCUGUAAAGAUUCGUCAUCCAAUUCGACCGCUUCGUCUAGUACGUCCACCGCCAACUCAUCCGUCGGUAAGACCCUGGUUUCAGUUUGGGAGAGCCCCCAUCAAGCUCUCCACAGUAAGAAGCUAUGCAAGUGCAACAUCGAACCAAAGAAAGGGACAUGUAUUCGGACAACAGGGGAAGAGUAUUGCAACAGCCACGGCCUGUGGGUUAAAAUCAACAAGGAUCAGUUGGAGGAGCAUCGCGUGGGUCAGGAGUGUGAGGAGGGCUGGGUCUUGGUCUGUAAACACACGGAGGGAGGAGAUCGACUGGUACCUGUUGAAUCACCUGAGACACUCGGCAGACACCAGCAGCUCUUUGGAUAUGACCACAAGCCCUGUGACAGGUGGGAACAAGUGGUGGAUGUAGAGAGUUCUCUUCACAUCGGCUCUAAACCCAAGGUCGCGGAGCGUGAUGAAGCAGCUGUUCAGAAGCUCAGGUAUGUUCCUCCCACCUGGACGUUUGAAUAUGACGAGGAUCUGGUGCAUUACUUCUACGACCACAUCGGAAAGGAGGAUGAGAACCUGGGCAGUGUCAAACAGUGUGUCACCAGCAUUGAUGUGUCCUCCUGCUCAGAGGACCCUAGUGGUGGGGCAGGUUGCCUGACAGAUGGAGACACAGAGACCUACUGGGAGAGUGAUGGGAUGCAGGGACAACACUGGAUCAGACUGCACAUGAAGAGAGGCACCGUAGUCAAUAAGCUGAUCUUGACGGUUGACUCAACCGAUGACAACUACAUGCCUAAAAGAGUGACUGUGUUCGGAGGGGAAGGAGACAAUCUGAAGAAGCUCAGCGACGUCACCAUAGACGACAAUCUGAUUGGUGAGGUGUGUGUGCUGGAAGACAUGACGGCCCACCUGCCUGUCAUUGAGGUUCGCAUCGAGGAGUGCAGGGGUGAGAAUGACGAGGGGAUAGACGUUCGGAUCAGGGGGCUGAAGAUCAAGUCAUCGUGUGAGAGAGACCUGGGGCUCAACGCUGACGUGUUUCAGUCUCCUAACCUAGUGCGUUAUCCUCGACUGGAGGGUACACUACCUGAUGUCCUCUACCACAGGGCCCUGGUUAUACAGAGGUUCAUCUCGCUGCUGGACAGUCUCCUGCCCCAUCUGGUUCCAGCCUGGGACUACAGCCUGGCCACCUUCAACCACAUCAAGAGUAUCAAGCCGUUCCUGCUGCUGUCGAAGCGUCGCUCGGCACUGAUCACCCAGUGUCUGAAGGACUCCGAGACCAGCAAGCCUAACUUUAUGCCCCGGCUCUAUAUCAACCGUAGACUGGCCAUGGAACACAGAGACAACCCCUCACUGGACCCUACUGCUAAGAACGCUGUCUUCACACAGGUCUACGAGGGUCUGAAACCAUCCGAUAAGUUUGAGAAGAUUUUGGACUACAGAUGGCCGGCGCGUUACGACCAGUGGUGGGAGUGUAAAUUCAUAGCAGAGGGCAUCAUCGACCAAGGAGGUGGUUUCAGAGACAGUCUGGCAGACAUGUCUGAAGAGCUGUGUCCCAGUUCAGCAGAAUGCCUCCUGCCUUUACCCUUCUUCAACAGGACAUCUAACCAGGGAACAGGCGAGGCCAGAGACCACUAUGUUCCCAACCCGUCCUGCAGAGAGUUCCACAAGUUUGAGUGGAUCGGACAGCUGAUGGGAGCCGCUCUCCGAGGAAAAGACUUCCUGGUGCUGGCUCUGCCUGGUCUGGUGUGGAAACAGUUAACAGGGGAGGCUGUCAGCUGGAGCAAAGACUUCCCUGCUGUUGACUCUGUCCUGGUCAAGCUGCUGGAGGCCAUGGAGGUCAUGGACCAGGAGACAUUUGACUUUAAAUUUGGGGAGGAGUUGGUGUACACUACCCUGCUGAGUGACGGCAGACUAGUAGAGCUGCUACCAGGCGGCAGCAAUCAGGUGGUACGGUACCAAGACCGCAGGGAGUUCAUUCACCUGGUCCAGAAGGCACGCCUGGAGGAGAGCAGACACCAGGUCUGUGCUAUGCAGGCGGGGCUGGUGAAGGUAGUGCCUCAGGCCGUGCUGGAUCUGCUAACCUGGCAGGAGGUGGAGAAGAAGGUCUGUGGAGACCCGGAGAUCACCGUGGAGGCACUCAAACGACUCACUCGAUAUGAGGACUUGGAGCAGACCGAUGUCAGGGUACAAUACCUGUGGGAAGCUCUCAUGAACUUCACUAAUGAGGACCGCAGCCGGUUCCUGAGGUUUGUGACGGGGAGGAGCCGUCUUCCUGCUCCCAUCUACAUCUUCCCUGACAAACAAGGCUCUGAGACUACAGAUGCGUUGCCACAGUCCUCCACCUGCUCCAGUACCCUGUAUCUACCCAACUACCCCAGUGCUAAGGUGUGUGAGGACAAGCUGCGCUAUGCUGCCUAUAACUGUGUUGCCAUCGACACUGACAUGAGUCCCUGGGAGGAGUGACCACACCCCCUGCCACGCCCAUAUAACAGUUUUAUGCCACGCCCACCUGUAUUUAUGCAGCAUUUAUUACAAGUGGGGGGGAACGCCGAAAAUAGUACUUGUAAACUGGGAGCAACAAGUUGUGUGCAUUCAUGUGCUUUGAACUUACUAAGACCGCUGAUUGGCUAAUGUAAUGAACGCAGCAUUAGCACCACUAUCUGAAGCUGCUGCCAAGCCUAUUAUCAUUUAUAAACUGGGUGGUUUGAGCUCUGAAUGCUGAUUGGUUGAAAGCUGUGGUAUAUCCAACUGUAUACCAUGGGUAUGACAAAACAGAUUUUUACUGAUCUAAUUAUGUUGGUAACCAGUUUAUAAUAGCAAUAAGGCAAUUCGGGGGAGUGGGGGGGUUGUGAUUUAUGGCCAAUAUACUUCAGUUAAGGGCUGUGUCGCGUCGUGUCUAAGAACAGCCCUAAGCUGUGGAAUAUUGGCCAUAUACCACACCCCCUCCCCUCGGGCCUUAUUGCUUAAGUAUACCAUAUCUACAACGGUGCCAACUAUUUACAGCUGUACUGUAUAUAAUAAACUAAUGUGGAAGAAACAUGA